AUGUGUCGAAGAUUGAAUGCCGGGAUCUCAAUUGGAUCUUCUCCUCCUAUUUUGUUGCUGUUACCGUUGACGUUGUUGCUGCUGCUGUUGUUCUUGCCCUGCGCAGUACCACCGGCAGUCCAGGACGGCGAUGUGGAGAAGGCUGCGCGCUGGAGCGGCCGGCCCCGAAGACCUGCGGGGAGGACGAGAGUCCUUGUUGCGAUACGUACUGUAGACGCUGACAUGACUUUGGGCUUUGUUGUUACCGUAUUCCUGAUCCCAAAAAAAUUGAGAAUCAAAUCUUGUUUACUCUUUGGAGGCUACGUAUGUAUGUAUGAUGGCGUAUCUGAUAAUACCAAUGCUAUCUUCAUCUAUCGCGUUGCGCUCGAAGAUUUUAUAUUCUCAGUCCGCCGUUAUUUACGACCCGAGCGUCUGCCAUAUUUACGAAGGAUGCGCUGGAGUCAUCGUAAAACGACAUGCCUAAGCGUGAAGGUGGCACACCCCAGCCGACUGCACCCGGGAAAAGUGGAGACGUGCCCGUCAGCUCGGAGGAAUAUUGUCCUGUCUUAUGUCGCGGGGACUUUGGUUUUCCCUAUUGGGCUUGUAUUGAGCCUAUCACUUUUGCCCAGUACCUGA